CAGAGCACAUGUCGAACAAUAAAGAUGGCUCGCUGUCACUAAAAAUUCAAGUACGUUGUUUUGGUUUUGUUUACAGUUUUGAAGCUUUUCUCCAGUUGUUCAAUGCACAGAUAAUUCAUGGCUGUGGUUUGAAUUGCAAAGGAUUAAAAUUUAGCAACCUUAUUUUCUUUUGUGACCCAAAAUUACAUGCACAGGCAGUAGCUAUGCACAACUAACGAUGGAGCAAGAAAAGUCUAAAAAUGCAAAUAAUAAGGAGAAAGAAGACUACUUUAAAGAUGUGGAAAAUAAUAUUACUCUGUCAGAUUAUCGAGACAUUUCGGCGAAGGGCAAUAUAGAGAAGAACAAUUAUUUCUCAAAACCUCAACCAUCAUCCGAAGUAGGAAUGGAAGACAAGUUAUUUAUAGAUGACAACAUUGGCCGGUUGAAAGAUGGAAAGAAAGAAAACAAGGCAAACAACUGGUCACUACGGCAAAUGGAACCUAUAUCAAAGGAAAAAAGUGAUGAAGGAUUGUUAAACUCUGAAAAGAAUCUUGUGUUACUACUAAAUGAUAACAAAGUAGAUAGUUUAAAAUCUGCCAGACAAGACAAUGCACAUGAUAUUGAUAUGGUUAAAAAAAAGAAAAGUAAAGAUUUUAAAGAGAUUUCUAAGCAAUCACAAGAUCACCUAAAGACAUCACCUAGACAUCCUUUUUUCUCUCAUACCGAAACAAAACCUCUUGAACAUGAGAAAUCCAGUCUAUUGGAUGGUGAUUUAAAUUUACUUUUCCCAAAAGACGUGAUGGCAGACAAGUUGUUUGAUUCAGCUAGAAAAAUAAGCCAUAAGUCUGUCUCAUUUGAGGAUACUGAAAAUGAUCACAAAGAGAAAAUCAACAUGAAUUAUAGUACAAGUUCAAACAUUAAGAAACCCAAACCUGAAAUAUUACCUCGAAACAAACUACUUCUGCAUAGUGAUAGGAGGAAGUCUUCAGAUAAGGAUGCUUCUAACCAUUCAAUGGUUGAUAAAGAAGCAGAAAAAUUUACACCAUUUCUUGAGUAUGAUACUAGCACAAAACAAGAGCAUACUGACCAUGACAAGUUAGAAGACAAAGUUCUUAUGCGAGAGAGGAGAAAUAUUGCAUUAGAGAACACUAAUAUUGGAAAAGGAAGUACAUCAGAUAUGUUUGAAGAACAUGUCACUCCCAAAAAUGAUCAUGUGAUAGCAGGUGUUGAAAGAAAGAUACGGUCACCAAUGAAAGCACAUAAAGCUGUGGAAGAAAUGACAAAAUCUCCUCACCGGUACGAAUUCCUCUACGAAAGUAGGGACUCCCCUCAAACAGAUCCUUUUUUUAAUUACAAAGAAAGAGUAGCCACCAUAACAAACUUGCAAAGUGCUGUGGAUGAAGACGACGUCGUUGGAGGCCGAUCCAACUUCACCUCAUCUCGUGUGAUCAGAGACGCAGUGUACUCCCAAUGGUUACAAGAGAAAGAGAAAAAAAAGAAGGAAGUUCACCGUAAGAAAGUGGAAGAGAAGAGAAAAGAAGCUGAAAAAAUUAAGGCAAAACUAGAGAAGGAAGUAAUGGCAAGGAAAGCUUUCGAGGCGUGGAGCUCCAAGAAGGAUGACAUCAACAAAACAGAUGCGAAGAAGAAAAAGGAGUUGAAAGACAAGGAGCUGGGCGAGAAACGAGAAAUGAUUGUGAAAAAGCAGGACGCGAAAAAAUUCUUCGAAUCUUGGAAGAACAAGAAGGACGAAAUUUUGAAAGAAAAUUUCAAAGAAAAGAAAACGAGAGCGCAGGAAGAAAAACGAAAGAAAACAGAAGAUCACGUGGAGAAGGUCGACAUCGCAAAGAAAGCCUAUGAGAAAUGGAAGUCGCAAAAGGAUGAGAAGUUAAAAACGGAUGCGCGAACUACUCGCCACGUGGAGAAACUGAAAGCGAGCUACGAAAAAGAGAUGGAGCUCGAAAAACGCCAAGAAUGCGAAAGAACUUUUCAGGAGUUCUUACGAAAGAAAGGGACCGGUAAGAGACCUCCGGCGAGUCCCACUUUGACUCAAAGGGCUUGGUGUCCGGGAGGGCUUACCCGAGGUACGAACCUGAUACCGGAGAAGAUUCAACCAGUGAUAACCCCUCCUAGAUUAAACAGAUCACGUUCAUUCUCUGGACUGACCACACGAACCACGAGUUCGUUCGGUGCAACAAAGCAAUUCAACAGAGGAUGGUAAUGGCGCUUUACGGUUGGAAGGAUAUCGUGCGUUCAGAAAGAAGUCCAUGUUGUACCUUGGUUAGACAUACGUCCGAGCAACAAAAACAUGGUAAAAAAAAAACAGUGUAGAGUAUUUUGCCAUUUGAGAAACCUAUUUAUUUACAAUGUUAAAUCCUAAAAGAACUUUUCAAAUUAGGUAAACUAUAAACUCUUCAAAAAAAAAAAGACUGCAAG